AUGGAUAGCAAAGACAAUGAGACUCUGCUGCUCUCGCCUUCCCCAGAGCUGGAUAACUACACCCAGAGGAUCAACAUCAGCAGCUUCAGCCCAAACCCUGGCCUGAACUUCAGUCCCAGCAUCUUUGCUGACCCCAGCCUCAGCCCCAAUUUUAGCUCCAGCAUUAUCCCUGACCCUAGUCCCAGCCUCAUUCCUACCCCUAGUCUUAUCCCUACUUCCAGCCUCAGUCCCAGUCUCAGCUCCAGCCUGACUCCUAUCCCCUCCACCUGGGAGUCAAAGAUCAGCAAUGGCCCACAAAGUUCUGCUCACAUCCCACAGGGUUGGGGUCCCCAAGACAACCCAUUCUGGGACACUCCUUUGAACCAUGGAUUGAAUGUAUUUGUGGGAGUGGCACUGUGCAUUACCAUGUUGGGUCUGGGCUGCACUGUGGACAUGAAUCACAUAGGGGCUCACAUCCGCAGGCCCAUCGGGGUACUGCUGGCACUCAUCUGCCAGUUUGUCUUCAUGCCCCUGCUGGCCUUUCUUCUGGCCCUCAUCUUCUCUCUGAAUGAAGUAGAGGCUGUGGCAGUAUUAUUAUGUGGCUGCUGUCCUGGUGGAAACCUUUCCAAUCUUAUGUCUCUGCUGGUGAAUGGCGACAUGAACCUCAGUAUUAUCAUGACUAUCUCUUCUACCCUCCUGGCCUUGCUGCUGAUGCCCCUGUGCCUAUGGAUCUAUAGCCGGGCCUGGAUCAAUACAACUCUGGUGCAGUUAUUACCACUGGGAGCAGUGACCUUGACCCUCUGCAGCACCCUGAUUCCUAUUGGUAUAGGUGUUUUCAUUCGCUACAAAUAUACCAGAGUUGCUGACUAUGUCCUUAAGGUUUCCCUAUGGUCUCUGUUAGUGACUCUGGUGGUUCUUUUCAUUAUGACUGGCACUAUGUUAGGACCUGAACUGUUGGCAAGUAUCCCCGCAACUGUUUAUGUUGUAGCAAUUUUUAUGCCUUUGGCUGGAUAUGCAUCAGGAUAUGGUUUAGCUACCUUAUUCCAUCUUCCAUCCAACUGCAAGAGGACUGUCUCUCUGGAAACAGGUAGUCAGAAUGUACAACUCUGCACUGCUAUUCUAAAACUAACCUUUCCUCCACAGCCCAUUGGAAAUAUGUACAUGUUUCCGUUGCUUUAUGCCCUUUUCCAGUCUGCAGAAGCAGGGAUUUUUGUAUUAGUAUAUAAGAUGUAUGGAAGGGAAACUGUGCAUAAGCAAGAUUCUUUGGAUGAAGACGAUACAGAUAUUUCUUAUAGGAAAUUGAAGGAAGAAGAAAUGGCAGAUACUUCUUAUGGCUCAGUUAAAGUAGAUGAACGUAAUGCAAUAAUGAUGGAACCCACACAGACCUCACUGUAG